AUGAUUUCAGGGCCAAAGCAGACUAACCAUUCUCUCGAGGCACUGGCAUUUGCAGUGUACUUUGCUGCUGCUACUAGCUUGUCCGAAAAUGAGAUGUCGACGAUCUCAUCAGUCGAGUCUCGGCAGGGGUUCCUUCAGAAGUGCAAGCUUGGGCUGAACCAGGCUAUUACCAAGGCUGAUUUUCUCAACGAGCCAAACAUGACGACGCUGCAGGCAUUGGCUAUUUUUGCAAAGACGUGUCUCAGGGUUCAUGACAACAGCCGCGCCGUCUGGGUGCUCAUUGGAACUGCGAUCCGGCUAGCGCAGUCCAUUGGGAUUCACCGGGACGGGGCCUCGCUCAAGCUGGACCCUUUCGAGAGCGAGCUCCGUCUCAGGCUGUGGUGGCACCUCUGUGUGCUUGACUCGCGGGCGCCCGAAGACCACGGCUUCACCAACACCAUCGAAAACCUCGAUCAAGGGCUCCGGCUACCCCUCAACGUUGACGACGCUCAGCUCUACCCAGCCAUGAAAUCUUUGCCGCCUGAUUCUGAAAAAUGGACAGAAAUGACCUUUUCCCUCGUCCAGCUCGAGGCUGCUAGGCUGGUACACCGAAUCUUGAUCGCAAAACCGAGGAAUGACCUUGAGACUCCGGAGAAUAUCGAGGCAAAACGUGCAGUCCUCGGACAGCACAACAAGUGGAUCGAGUCGAGGUUUCUGGCUUUGCCCCCAGCGUCAAAUCUUCACAAUGCUGCGUGUGCCCACUACUACACAGCGUGCGCCAAGAUCGAGUUUAUGCUUCAGGUGCGCCAGGAGCUGCACCUCAGCCGGCACAGGGAGGCGCCGGGCGCCGUCUUCAGGGGCCUUGGAGAGCAACCAUUCACUGCCGCGUGCCGCACGUUAGAGAGGAGCUGGUCCCUGGCGAGCGGGCAGAUCUCAAUGGAGCACACGUGGAUCUUCAAGACCUACACCCAGUGGUACGCCCUAGCUUACGUCCUGAGGUACUUCUGUGCUUUCCCCAACGUCCCCGAGACAGAGGAGGCGUGGGUGCUGGUCAAUCGGGCCUUCAGCUCCAUACCGUACGCCCAGCGUGGCCAACUGGCUCGGGAGAGUAACACCGGGAGGAAUAGUAUUUGGAAGUGCCUGGAGUCGCUGCGCUGCCAGGCCUUGAACGCGAGGACAGCAGCUCGAGGCUCCCCUGUCCCUGAGCCCUCCACCCCUAAUAAUUGCCAGAGCAGCUCAAUAGAGGAUGGGGCACUGGCAACUGAAAUCAGCGCCCCUUCGGUUGGCCUGCAGGAUCCAUUGUCCAGUGCAGAAGCUGCCUCGUUGUUUGCGGGCCAAGCGGAGCCUCCUCGUCUGUCUGAUACGACGCAGUUGGCAGAUCAAUGGUAUAGCGGGCUGCCGUCCUUUGGCGACUUUGCGAUGCCAGAGAUGCUUUAUUUGCCCGAAUGGAAUGACAUUGUCAACGGGAGCUAG